GGGCCGGUCUGAAGAGUCGUCUUCGCUUUCGCCACUCCUAGGAUAAUCCAGGAGAAGAAAGAUGAGCUUUAUCUAUGGACUGCAAUCUGCUACUAGAAACUGUGUUUUCUUCCGAUUUCAUUUGCUGACCAACUGGAGACUGUGUAACACACUAGCUGUCACCUCACCAGAUUGCCAUCAAGUACAAAUUACUCAUACAGUUAAUAAGUAUCAGGGUCUGGGAGUACAGCAGUGUGAUAGGUUGACUUUUCUGCCUAAAAAUUUUUAUUCUUAUAGGACUCUUAAUACCAAAAGACCAGGAUGCCUCUUGAGCGUGAGCCAUAAAGAAAUUUGGAUGGUUACCCCAACAUGUGGUGCACGGAAUGACUCUUUUUCAAGACAGCUCCUGAUAGAAGAAGUUGCAGGAGCUCCUUUUCUCUCAGUAUUGCGUCCCCUAAAGUGUCUUCGCAUGAGAGAGAGAGACAUCAGGAGUUUCCACACUUCUCCUCGGUUUCAAGCCGCUCCGGUUCCUCUCUUGUUGAUUAUUCUUAAACCAGUGCAGAAACUAUUUGCAAUCAUUGUAGGCAGGGGCAUAAGGAAAUGGUGGCAGGCACUUCCUCCUAACAAGAAGGAACUAUUUAAAGAAAGUUUAAGGAAGAAUAAAUGGAAGUUAUUCCUUUGUUUCAGUAGUUUUGGAUUGCUCUUUGUAGUGUUUUAUUUUACUCACCUGGAAGUGAGUCCUAUCACAGGAAGGAAUAAGCUACUAUUAUUGGGGAAAGAACAUUUCAAACUUUUAUCCGAACUGGAAUAUGAAGCAUGGAUGGAAGAGUUUAAAAAUGAUAUGCUAACUGAGAAGGAUGCCCGAUACCUAAUGGUUAAAGAAGUGGUUUAUCAUUUGAUUGAGUGCAAUAAAGAUAUUCCAGGGAUCUCUGAGAUCAAUUGGACUAUUCAUGUGGUUGAUUCCCCAGAUAUAAAUGCCUUUGUGCUUCCAAAUGGACAAGUGUUUAUCUUCACUGGGCUUUUAAAUAGUGUAACUGAUAUUCAUCAACUUUCCUUUCUUCUGGGCCAUGAAAUAGCACAUGCAGUACUUGGGCAUGCUGCAGAAAAGGCUAGCUUGGUUCACUUACUGGAUUUCCUAGGUAUGAUUUUUCUCACAAUGAUUUGGGCUGUUUGUCCUCGAGAUAGUUUUGCACUCUUGGGCCAGUGGAUACAGUCUAAACUGCAGGAGUAUAUGUUUGAUAGACCAUACAGUAGAACUUUGGAGGCUGAAGCUGACAAAAUUGGACUACAGCUUGCUGCAAAGGCUUGUGUGGACGUCAGAGCCAGUUCAGUGUUUUGGCAGCAGAUGGAAUUUGCAGAUAGCCUCCAGGGUCAUCCCAAGUUGCCAGAAUGGUUAUCCACACACCCUUCUCAUGGAAAUCGAGCUGAGCACUUGGAUAGACUCAUACCUCAGGCCCUUAAAAUUAGAGAGAUAUGUAAUUGCCCACCACUUUCUGGACCAGACCCUCGAUUACUGUUCAAACUCAGCAUGAAGCAUUUUCUUGAAGAAUCGGAAAAAGAAGACCUAAAUAUCACUGCUAAGAAACAGAAAAUGGAUACUCCUACCAUUCAAAAUCAGAAGCAAAUACCCUUAACAUAUAUAGUUGAGAAAAGAACUGGCAGUUGA